AUUUUGCUGCUUGGGGCCACUUCCUUAAACUCUAUUUAGGGGGAAAGGGAAAGGCCCAUUGGCUUUCAUUUUUUAUUCAGCCUGCUGUGACUAAUCCUACAUGUCCCCAGAGGGAUAUAGAUAAUUGCACUAUUCUAGGAUGGAUGUUCAACUCCAUGGAGGAUCAUAUUUACCACAUGUUUCUUUAUUGCGACACUAUUUCGAGUCUUUGGUGUGCCUUGUCUCAGAUGUAUGCCCAUGCUCAUAAUGAUGCUCGUAUCUUUGAGCUUUAUCAAGACAUUGCUCGUGCCUCCCAAUCUGCUUUGGGUAUCUCUAUGUUAGAGUUCUUUGGAUACCUUCAGGCUCAUUGGGAGGAAUUGGCUCAAUAUGAGCCCUUGACUGAGUUACCAGUAGACGCUGCCGUUCUUGCGUCCAAUCGCCUUGCCUGCCAGCACACUUAUUAGUUUUUGAUGGAUUUAAACUCUGAAUUUGAAUCUCUUUGAACUCAAAUUUUAAACACAUCGCCCAUGCCAUUCCUUUAUGAGGCCUUUGCCACCAUUAAUAGUGAUGAACGUCGUUGACGUCUGGUUCUGCACACCACUACUCCAGUGACUCCUGUUUUAUCUGACCAUAUGGCCCUUUCCGCAAACUCUAGUUCCUGGGGUUCUACUGGUUCAGUUACCUAUCAUCGUUGUGGGGCUCCUCAUCAUGUUAGGGCUCACUGCUUCAAAUUUCAUCCUGAGAUGAGGCAAUGAUCUUCUCUCGCCCUCAUGGCUCUGGCACACCUCGCACUGCUGCUUUAGUGGAGGCCUCUCAAGCUUCUGGGUCUUCGAGUAUUCCUAUUUUACAGCAGUUACAGACUCAGAUUGGCCAGCUUUAGACUCAACUUGGGACUUUGACUACUAGUUCUUCUAGCCUAUCCUCCUUUACUACUGCUACUCUUGCUACAGUUCCUACUACUAUAGACCAAUCUGUUUGUCUUGCUGAUGGGUCUUUCUCCUCAGUUCGUCAUAAAGGACCUGAGUUCAAAGAGGAUUUUUGGCAGGGUAUAUGAGCGCGAUGGACUUUACUACUUUGGGAAUCCACCAGACCAACCUCUUUCUCGUUUAGCUAGUUUCCAGGUUUUCAACAAGAUGAUGUUUACUCAUCAUCCCCAGGGCAAAGUUUGGAUGGAAGUUUUAGGAAGUGUUUUCAACAAAAUGAUAUCAACUCAUCUCCAAGGCAUAGUUUAAAUGGAAGUAUCAGGAAGUCUAAGUCUGAUAGAGCAGGAAAUUGUCAUCUCUUUGAGGUUGUUCAUUCUCUCAUCUUGGGGCAAUGACGUAUCUCAUCAAUUACAUGCCUUUUAGUAUAUCUCGACUCAUAGGACAUCCAGUACUUCGGCUUCAACAAAGUCCAUUCGUAAUUCAAAAAGGGUGUUCAAGGUGCUGAAUGAUUAUGCAAGGAAGCUUGCCGAUCUUGAUUUAUUUACAGGAAGUCUUGAAGAUUGGGUUCUUGAGAAUUUACAUGUUGAUACUACAAAUGAGGGACAACAGUCUUUCAGUUCUCCAUUUACGAUCGAUGAAUUGCGCACACUUGAUUUUGCAUUAGAAGGGGGGGGUUUUCAGCAGCUAUUCCGUAUGCCUUGCUCGCCUUUUGCUUCUGAUGAUCUGAAAGAAGAUGAGUAUCUAGCACUUGAAGAUUUCCUUCACACCAUGGCAGAUGGCUUGUGGCGUACAUUUUGGCAUAAAAAUGCACCAUUGCCCUACUUUGUAUCUUGCCCACACUAUCCGGGAUUCAAGUUUUAUACUGUGGAAAAAGCAAUAUCAAGAGAAAGACUUGGAGGGCUCUGUGGUGCGGCUUUGAUAUCGAAAACAAAGGGCAAUCUACACGUUCACUGGGAUGACGUGGUUGAGUUAGCAUUGUUCAGACCGAACAUUUUGAUGGAAAAUGAAUUGGGACUUUCUUCUACUGCUAUUUGUGAAGCCCUCUUCUAUGGCGUUCACAUACUUCUCUCAAGGAGUUUGAACAAGUACAAUUCUGUUACCAGUGAUUCUGUUUUUCUUUUAGUUCUUGAUUCUAAAUUUGGUGGGGUCGUCAAACUCGGGGGUGAUCUUGGCAAACUUGAGCUUAAUUUGUCGAACCCAAAUCAGUCUAUGGUAGAUUGGUUAAUGUGUCACGCUGAAGUCAGUGUCUCUCAAGUGGAUUGUAUAUGGAACAAGCUAGGAAACCCAAAUUGGGGAGACUUAGGAAUGCUGCAACUACUUUUGGCGACGUUUUACUCCCUUGUUCAGUGGAACGGCCCACCAAGAAAGUCAAUUGCCUCACUUGCGUCAGAUCACAGCCUCCGUCUUCACAAGCGAAGGAUGGAGUACCACCUCUUUGAAAAUAGAAGCGCUCUAGUCCCCUGUCAACAAACUCACCACCAAGGAGAAAUUGUUGAACUUGACCAGAACAAUAACCCGUCUUUGAGGAAGCAAUCAACACAUUUAAAGCUUAAGCGAGGCGAUAUAUUACUAUUAGAAGAUCAGCAAGACGGGCAAAAAAGUUUUCAAAUACAGGAGUUUCUCGGAGACAGAGGAAUCAACUGUUCAUACAGCGCUGUCGAUUUAGAUUAUGCGAAUGAGCUGUUGAAUUUAUAUGUUGGUGCUCACCCAUCAAGACUCGAGCCAUCUUGGGAGGAUAUGAGUCUAUGGUACCAUGUUCAAAGGCAAACAAAAGUACUAAACAUCUUCAAACAGCAUGAUAUUUCAAAAAAGUAUCUGCCGGAAAUAAUCGCAUCGGGCCGAAUUUUACAUGCCGGUCCUUGUAAGAAACAGACCCCGGUGGGUUGCUGCGAUCAUCCUUUGUGUGGGACCCCCAUACUUGUGACAUAUCCAGUUGGUGAGCCACUUUCAUCCACAGUAGCACGAGACGGCUCAUUUUCAUCUGCGGAAGUGCUCCGUUGCUGCAGGGACUGCUUAGCAGCUCUGAGAAACGCAAAAACAGCCAACGUUCAGCACGGUGACAUCUGUCCUGAAAACAUAAUAUGUUUUGUAGGCACAGCUGGCAGUUUUUUGUACAUUCCCAUUUCGUGGGGACGUGCAGUUUUGGAAGAAAAGGACAGCCCGGGUAUAAAUUUGCAGUUCUCGUCAGCUCACGCACUUCAGCAUGGAAAGCUGUGUCCGUCAUCUGAUGCAGAGAGCCUUGUUUACCUACUUUUUUUUCUUUGUGGAGGUACUAAUACUAUGCAGCAACUGGAUUCUAUUGAGUCGGCAUUGCAGUGGAGACACAGAUGCUGGGCAAAGCGUCUGAUUCAGCAGCGAUUAGGCGAGGUUUCGGCUCUGUUGAAGGCAUUCGCUGAUUAUGUCGACAGCCUCUGUGGGACCCCGUAUCCGGUUGAUUAUGAUAUUUGGCUGAAAAGACUGAACCGGGCUGUCGAUGGCUCAGCAGAUAAAGGGAAGCUAAAUGAAGAAGUAUCUGUGUUGACAUUGAAGGAUGUAGGUGAGUCUUCAGGAACCUCAUCUAUGGUAUAGUUGGGAAUUCCUUCAUUAACCACCCUCCAAAAAAAGAAAAAAGAAAAUGUUCAAACAUAUUUUGCUAGCCCCUUGUUGGGGUUGAGUUUUGAUUGGAAAGGAUGAAAAUCUUUUCCUUUAUUUAUUUUUAUUUUUAAAAAUUUUGGAUGAGAUUCUAUUUUUUUUUUGAGAACAGGAUGAGAUUCUAUGAGCUCUUGUAUUUAGUUGUCUCUUGAAACAUCCCAUUUUUAUGUUGAAAAUUUGCACAGUUAGAUGUAACUGUGUUUAUUUACCUCUUUUAACUGUGUUUGAUAUUGCGAAGUUAGGUCUAACUGUAUUUUUUUUUUUGUUGCCUUUGAACCCUCCAUUUUGAUGUAGAAACUAUGCAAUUAGAUGUAACUGAGCUUUAAUUCCUACUUUUUACGUUUAAAUUG